AUGGAAUUUGUUUUUGUCGAAACUGCAACAGGCGUGCUAGUCACGUGCGUGAAGAACUUCCCGGAAAGAAGAGGGGUAAUGUUGGGGCUUGCGAAGGGGUUCGUGGGUCUAAGCGGAGCAAUCAUGACACAACUUUACACCGCCAUUUACGGCGACGAUACCAGGUCGCUAAUUCUGCUACUCGGCUGGCUCCCCUCUUUAAUCUCUUUGAUUUUCAUCUCCACCAUCAGAGAAAUCAAAGCCGUCAAACACCCUAACGAGUUCAGAGUCUUCGUCCACUUCCUCUGCGUCUCCGUCAUUCUCGCUCUGUUUCUCGCCGCCUUGAUCUUCAUCCAGAAACGAAUCCGAUUCGACCAAUCCGCCCACGCCGCCGUCGUCACCGCCAUCGCGUCUCUGCUUCUUCUCCCCUUGUUAAUCGCCAUUAGAGAAGAAAUCGUUCUAUGGAAUCUCAACAAACGGACGAUCGGGAUUCACCAGCCGCAAACAUCCCCAAAUCCUCCUUCUUCUUCCUCCAACAAACCCUCCAGAGGAGAAGACCACACCAUUCCUCAAGCCAUUUUCAGCGCCGAUAUGCUCAUCUUAUGCAUCACCAUGCUAAUCGGCGUCGGCGCUAGCUUGACCGCCAUCGACAAUCUCCGCCAGAUCGGUGAAUCCCAUGGCUACCCAUCUGAAACAAUCAACUCAUUGAUCGUUCUGGUUAGUAUUUUCAACUUCGCCGGAAGAAUCUUUUCUGGGUUUGUCUCUGACAUUUUACUCGAGAAAUUCAAAUUCCCAAGGCCAUUAAUGCUCACGCUUGUCCUCUUGGUUUCCUGCAUUGGCCAUCUUUUGGUAGCCUUCCCCUUCAAUGAUUCGCUAUACAUUGCAUCCAUUGUUAUUGGGUUUUCAUUGGGCGCUCAAGUCCCAUUGCAUUUCGCCAUGAUUUCUGAGCUUUUUGGGCUGAAACAUUACUCCACGUUGUUUAAUUUUGGCCAAUUGUUUUGCCCAAUUGGGUCUUAUAUUCUGAAUGUGAUGGUCACUGGGAGGCUCUAUGAUGAGAUGGCCAAGGCCUCCGCUGGUAUAGGUGGGCUUCAUUGCGAAGGCCAUUCUUGUUAUGAACAGUCGUUCGUAAUUUUAGCUGGGUUGACGUUUUUUGUAGCGUUGGUGUCGUUGAUUUUGGUGGAGAGGACGAGGGAGUUUUAUAGAGGGGAUAUAUACAAGAAGUUUAGAGAAGACAUGGAGUCUUUGAAGACAAAAAUGGAGUUUUAUACUCUCGAUGAGAAGAGGACGAGGAUUGGCAAUUUACUUGUUGACAAACAUAGCAUUAAUAUCAAGUCGUGA